GAACCAACUCUUGUUUUCAACUACACGUAGUCAUGUUGUAGUCAGGGAUUAGGGAUAAGAAAAUAUGCGCAAGAUUGACUUCAAAACUACAUACGCCUCUCAAUUGAAGGUAGUGGCUGGUAUUGCAAUAGUUACGGUGAUACUUAUACCGUAAAUAUCCCACAAUGCAAUCAAGAGAUAUUUUGAACUCUCUGUUACGUAGUAUAGAGUAGCCGCUAACAUUGAGCACAGGUGUCACCGUUUUAUUAAAACGAAAGACACAUAUGUGUCUUCUAUCCAUAUGGAUAGAAAAAUAUGAGCAUUUAAUCUUUAAAAACAGGGUAUUUGUUUUGGAGGAGGAUGCGUGUAUUGUAGUAGUUACGGUAGUAUCUGCGAGGCAGCUGUGUUCACGGCCUUCCCACAACACAAGGCGGCAUCGUCUCAUGGUUCAUUCAAGCCAACCAUACGCAGCGUUUGACGGGCUCUUGCGACAAACUCUAACUCCGAGCCGGUGGACUCACGCUUACUUUCCGAACAUCGGCACCAGCUAGCUUGUUAUGUCGGACGUCAGCGAGGUUUUGAUGUCGGUUUUGUCCACAAUUCGGGUGCCGAAGCCCGGGGACCGCGUCCACAAAGAUGAAUGCGCCUUGUCAUUUUCCUCUCCGGAAAGCGAGGGAGGCUUAUACGUGUGUAUGAACAGCUUCCUGGGAUUCGGAAGUCAGUAUGUGGACAAGCACCACGCUCGGACUGGCCAGAGGGCUUACUUGCACAUCACAAAGACUCGUAAGACCACCAAGAAAGAAGAUGAAAAUAAUUCUGGAUCCGGACACCCGCCCAAGAAGAAGCCCACUAGAUUGGCAAUAGGGGUCGAAGGUGGGUUCGAUGUGGAGCAGGAGCACUACGAGGAGGACUACAAGGUUGUCAUCUUUCCCGAAAGACAGGAAGUCACAUCGGAGGAACUUGAAGCCAUGCCCGACGUUGUUAAAGAGCGGGUAUCCCUGUCAAUGACGGGCAUCAUUGCCGCUGACUCCGUGUCUCACACCUUGCAAGUGCAACAGUGGGACGGCGAGGUGAGACAGGAGUCGGGAUACGCCGCCGACCUCAAGCAGCUUGACAACGGAGUCAAGAUCCCACCCAGUGGCUGGCGCUGCGAAGUGUGCGGCCUCCAGGAGAAUCUCUGGUUGAACCUGACGGACGGCAAGAUUCUCUGCGGUCGCAGAUACUACGACGGCUCGGGGGGAAACAACCACGCCCUGCUCUACUUCCAGGAGACAGGAUACCCGCUGGCCGUCAAACUGGGGACAAUCACCCCGGACGGAGCUGAUGUUUAUUCUUACGACGAGGACGACAUGGUGCUGGACUCCAAGUUACCGGAGCAUCUUUCCCACUUUGGCAUCAACAUGAUGACCAUGGAGAAGACUGAGCGGACCAUGACGGAGUUGGAGAUUGCCGUGAACCAGCGCGUUGGGGAGUGGGAGGUGAUCCAAGAGUCCGGCACCGCCCUGCGUCCGCUGUACGGGCCCGGCCUGACCGGCAUGAAGAACCUGGGCAACAGCUGCUACCUCAACUCCGUCAUGCAAGUGCUCUUCACCGUUCCGGACUUCCACAACAAGUACGUGUCCAACAUCAACAAGAUAAUAGAUGAGGCCCCGAGUGACCCCACCCAAGACUUCAAAACCCAAGUAGCCAAACUGGGCUACAGCCUGUUGUCGGGAGACUAUUCCAAACCGGCGCCGGAGCUCGGGGGAGAAAAUGGUGCAGCCGAGCCCAAGGUCAAGACGACAAAAAUGGCUUGGUCUCAGCCAAUAAUGUUUUGCUCAUGCGUUCUCACUGACUUCCAGGACUACCAAAUUGGCAUAGCGCCGAGAAUGUUUAAAGCACUCGUUGGCCGGAACCACCCGGAGUUCUCCACCAAUCGACAGCAGGAUGCUCAGGAGUUUUUAUUGCACUUCAUAAACAUGGUGGAGAGAAAUUGCCGCUUGGGGCCCAACCCGUCCGAAGCCUUCAGGUUCCUGGUGGAGGAGAGGAUUGUGUGUCAGCAGUCCCAAAAGGCCAAGUACACGCAGCGGGUGGAUUACAUCAUCCAGCUGCCCGUGCCCAUGGAGCAGGCCAGUAACAUAGACGAGCUGCAGGAGGCAGAGCGCCAGCGCGAGAACGGUGACUCAACGGUCAUGCCCGUGCGAGCGCAAAUCCCCUUUGCGGUUUGCUUGGCGGCCCUCAGCGAGCCCGAAUUGCUCACCGACUUCUGGAGCUCCGCCGUGCAGGCCAAGACCACCGCCACCAAAACAACCCGAUUCGCCUCAUUCCCCGACCACCUGAUUAUUCAGAUUAAGAAGUUCACGUUUGGCCUUGACUGGGUCCCCAAGAAACUGGACGUGAGCAUCGAGGUGCCCGACACACUGGACCUGAGCACGCUGCGCGCCACGGGGCAGCGGCGGGGAGAGGAGCUCUUACCCGAGGUGGCCCCGCCCCCACUCAUGACCCCCGAUGCGGAGGUUACAGGUAUCCUGGGCUCCCAUGGCAACGAGGAAGACGACUCUCUCUACUCCCCACUGCUGUCGCCGGUCCUUGACGACUCCACCGUGUCACAGCUCUGCGACAUGGGAUUCCCUCUGGAGGCGUGCCGCAAAGCAGUCUACUACACCGGCAACACCGGCAUCGACUCAGCCAUGAACUGGGUGAUGGGCCACAUGGACGAUCCAGACUUCUCCGCCCCCUUGGUCCUGCCGGGCUGCAGCGGCGGCACCACGCCGACGAUGGAGAGCGUCUCUGAGGAGCACCUGGCAACCAUCGUCUCCAUGGGCUUCAGCCGAGAGCAAGCCACCAAAGCGCUUCGAGCGACGAGCAAUACUCUGGAGCGGGCCGUGGACUGGAUCUUCUCGCACCUGGACGACCUGGAGUCGAUGGAGGUUUCUGAAGGUGGACGCUCGGCUGGCGAGAGCGAGGCCUCUCGGGAGCCUCCGCCGGGGCCUUGCGUCAGAGAUGGACCAGGCAAAUACGAACUGUUUGCCUUCAUCAGCCACAUGGGCACGAGCACAAUGUGCGGCCAUUACGUCUGUCAUAUCAAGAAGGAUCAGCAGUGGGUCAUCUUCAACGACCAGAAGGUGUGUGCCUCCGAGAAACCUCCCAAGGACCUGGGUUACCUCUACUUCUACCGGCGGAUGGCCGAAUGAGACCAAGGGGGGGGUCUUGUGGCAGCACUUUUGUGGGAGUGAAAGUGGCGAGUAUGGGCACACGCACAACUUUUGUGGCGCACAUACUUCCCUACAAUGUCUUUGAAAGACCUUGGCACACACCAUAACUGUACAUACUUUCUGAUGACUUGGCUGAGUUUUUUUUUUUAAUCCAAAUUUUCGAAGUAAACCCGCCAUGAGACAAACUCACUUAAUAUCCAAGGCCUCCUUCAGCCUCUAAAAUGGUGUGCCCAUAGUUGGUUUUCAACGCAUGUCUUCCUCCUUUGAAAAGCAGCAUCCAUGUCCUUGUGCUUGUUCAACAUCAUUUCAGCCAGGCCAGCCUUCACUUCAUUCAUUCAUUCAUUCAUUCAGAGCGAGCGAGCGAUAGCGACAACACGUUGGCUCCAAUGUCUGCUACGAAAGAAAAUAAAAACACCAAAUCAACUUUCA